GUCACCACAGACGCUGCGUUUUCUUCGAGACGUGAAACUUUUGUGCAUGUGCGCGAGAACUUGGACGUUGUUCCGUUGGGUUCAUUGAAGUUUUAUUUUUCGAAGUAGUUUUAAAGUAAUAGAACAUGUUUUAGUGGUAUAUGAUUCAAGUAUUGAGUGUGGUAGUUUCAGGAGUAUGUGAGACAAUUAGGGUAUUGAAUCUGAAAGAAGAAAAUCAUGUUUAUUAAUUGCUUCCAGGAGCAUCUCUAAGUCCAAGAAUAGAGGACAAUCACCCAAUUUCUUAAUUAACCUUUUUUUAGUAACAUCUGCAUGAUAAGAUAAAAAUAGUGGUAGAAGUGAAUGAGUUUCAAUUUGAAUAGAAUACAGUAUGUGAAAGAGAGAUUCACUAUCGUUGUGUUAGAGAUAUUGUGAAAGUUAUUGAGAGACUGAGAGACUUCUCUUGUUUGAUCUGGUUCUCGAAUGAAUUUAAUUUCUAGUGGAAAAAGUAUUGGUAUUAUGGAUAGAGAAAUCAAACUUACAUUUUAUCGAGGAAUGGAUGUCACAUAGCUAUAAAAAAACUAGAGAUUGUAAUUUUGAAAAAUAGGAUAGGAAGUGGUAGGAGGAUUUUGAUCUGUUGUUUCUCUUUUAAAAGACCACUCGAUUAGAUAUAUUAUGUAUUAUUUUUCUCUCAAAUAGAAGACAGGAUAAAUAACCAAUUAGCGACAAAAACAUACAAUUAACACCAGACGAUCAAAUUUUAUUUGAUGAAUGGGAUUUUUGCUAAUCACAAUAAACGUCAGAAUUUGAAUGAGAAAUACAUUUUUUCUUGAGAAUUAGGGGAAUUUUCUAGAGAAAUUUUGUUGAUUCUAAGGAAGACAAUAAUUAUAUUAACAAGUCAUUUUCUGGAAUGAAAUGGACACAAAAACAAGAAUAUUGGGUAACCUAUCCCAUUCGAUGUUCCAUGAUUAUUAAAAACAUAGAAAUCGAUUUCAUCCGAAUCAAAACAUUUUUCAUCACUGUGGAACAAUGUGAAGCUUCACAUCAUAAACUCUUCCAUGUUCAAGUUAUUUUUGGAGUACCAGGACACAUCUAUUAGUUUGUUGAACAGGAGCAGUUGUUUAUUAAACUCAUUGCAAUUGAAAAUCACCGUUCUCUAAUCCGCCAUCAUGGAAGUAAUUGUAAAUUUGGAUGAAAAUUGUCAAAAUACAAUUAACAUCAUUAAGAGACCAUUUGUCAGUGAUUUCAAAACAAUCGACACAUUCAGUUGUUACGUCAAGUGCACCCCAUUCGCGAACAAUUUCACCGAUAACGGCUUUAUAAUGUUAAUUCGUAUGAAUUUUCAAUUUCAAUGUUGUUGAUGUAUAGUGCAAUUAUUCCUAGUCAAUAUUGUUAAACCUUGUUAUUUUAGCCCCCGCUGAAAUGGCUCGGGAGUCGCCGACCCUGACACAUCCAUCUCACAUGAUAAUAUGAUCUCCGUUUCAAUUUCGUCAAUAAACUAGUGCUAAUAGGAAUAAAUUCGAUGGCUGAUGUUUGGUAUAUCCCUAAGUUCACUACGAGAAGUGUGUGAAUUCGUGUAGAGUUAUUGUGAUGAUAGUCCAGCGAUGGGGACAGAAGUGAGAGUGCUAGUACAAAUAAACAUUACACUGGAAAUCAGCUCUAGUUAUAUUUGGUGGAAUAAGCGAUAGUCACAUAAUGCUAAGUUGGCUGAGUGACACGUGUCUGACAGGUGCAGACACGACGCGUGGCAAGGAUAUGACCGCCAUAAACUCGGGAGUACACGAGGUGCCGGGCGUGCGGCUGCCGCUGCAGACGACCUACGGGGGCGGUGGAGGCGGAGGCAGUGGUGGCGGGGCGGGGGCCGUGUUCAUGUACUCGGGGCCGGGGUCGGGUGGGAGUGACGGAUCGGUGACGUUGCACCUGCGGGACGACGGUGACCUGGACGAUGACGAUGAAGACGACAAGACGGGACUCGGAUUGGCGUCGGUGUUGGCACGCUUGCAGCAAGAGGACGCAGCCGCCGCCACGCUCUCCAUCAGCUAUCAUGCCGACGCCGACGCCGUCCUCGCUGAAGGCAGCAUUGAUGUGCUGCUCAACUCCAACGGCAACACAACAAGGACGCCGACAUUCGACCUGUUCGACUCGGAGAGCGGCCAAGACCUGACGCUGUCUCCGCAGACGUUCACCAGCUCCACUGAGGCCUUCAUCAAUGACAAUUCCAACAGCCUUGGCGUGCCUGGUGCUGACACCGACACUGUAGGAAGUUCGGAGGAAGCAAAAGGCGCGCCCGAUUCCAGUAAAUUAGCAGUCAAAAAGCCACGGCCUAAAGCUUCCUCACCCAAUAGGCAAGGACCCCAACAAUGUCAGGUGUGCGCAAAAGUGUUCGGGAACGCGUCGGCACUAGCCAAGCACAAGCUGACGCACAGCGACGAGCGGAAGUAUGUGUGCAGCAUGUGCGGAAAGGCCUUCAAGCGCCAGGAUCAUCUGUCAGUCUCAUUUCUAUUCUCUCUACUACUCACUGCAUGUGCACGAAUAAAUCACACUGCCUGCUUGUAUCCUCACGCAUCCCUUAACUCCACUGACGGUGGCUUCUUACCACGUUAUCGUCUGUGCAGUUUCGCUGUAUAG